CACCCAGACUCCUGUCCUUUCCAGACUGAAACUGAUCAGGACUUAAUCGUCACCAGUGUUAAGUGACCUGAUCGCAAUUAAGAACUGAAUGUGAUGGAAAAUAAUGAUGACCCAGUGCAUUUAUGGUCACGUAAGACUGUUCAUUAUUAAUCACAUUCAGUCCAUAUGAUGCUGCUCGAGAUAUUGUAUAUUGAAAUUUGUUUCACUUGGUCUACAAGGAAUUUAGGGGCUCUAGAUUUAGAUCCCUUCACGUUGGUGUUGUGAGAAAUGAGCAGGGUGCCUAAAGUUUUUGGCAAGACCUAUGCGACUCCGCGAAGACCGUUUGAGAAGGAGCGUUUAGAUCAAGAGUUAAAGCUCAUUGGUGAAUAUGGUCUGCGCAACAAACGCGAAGUAUGGAGAGUAAAAUAUGUCUUAGCCAAGAUACGUAAGUCAGCCCGCGAGCUGUUGACACUGGAUGAUAAAGACCCCAGACGACUUUUUGGAGGGUCCGCUCUGCUGAGACGCUUAGUUCGGGUUGGUGUACUUCCCGAAGAUAGGAUGAAACUGGAUUUCGUUUUGGGCUUGAAGAUAGAAGACUUUUUAGAACGAAGACUUCAAACUCAAGUUUUUAAACUUGGCUUGGCCAGAAGCAUCCAUCAUGCCAGAGUCCUCAUCCGCCAACGACACAUAAGAGUAAGGAAACAAAUGGUCAACUGUCCUGGGUUUCUGGUACGUUUGGACUCAGGAAAACAUAUAGAAUACAGUACAACAUCUCCAUAUGGUUGCGGUCGCCCUGGUCGUGUUAAAAGGAAAAAGGAGCGCAAAGCUCAAGGUGGUGACGACGAAAAUGGAAGUGAUGAAGAGUAAUUAUUACCUUCGACGGAAUAAACAUCUAGAUCGUA